GUCGCAGACGGGAGACAAGAGGAUGAAGCAGAACUCAGAAGGGGCAGGGAGCGGGGAGAAGAGGGGACGAGCCACUGAAAUUCACCAACCCUGGGGCGCUGGGAAAGAGGCAGUGAGAGUGGACGAAUGGACCAGCCCUAGGCAAUCAGGGGUUGAUGGGAAAGGGACGCCGGGGGCUUUCCCAGCGGCAGGAUCGGACUCUCGCGUGGCGGCGCUGAGUCUCGGUCCGGUCGGUCCGCUCUCCUUUUCCCGCUGGUCACAGAUGCUGAAGCCGUUGGUGGAGAAGCGGCGCCGGGACCGCAUCAACCGCAGCCUGGAAGAGCUGCGGCUUCUACUGCUGGAGAGGACCAGGGACCAGAACCUCCGGAACCCGAAGCUGGAGAAAGCGGAGAUUCUGGAGUUCGCCGUGGGCUACUUGAGGGAGCGAAGCCGGGUGGAGCCCCCGGGGGCUCCCCGGUCCCCAGGCCAGGACGCCGAGGCGCUCGCCAGCUGCUACUUGUCCGGUUUCCGCGAGUGCCUGCUUCGCUUGGCGGCCUUUGCGCACGACGCCAGCCCGGCCGCCCGCUCCCAGCUUUUCUCCGCGCUGCACGGCUACCGGCGCCCCAAACCGCCCAGGCCAGAGGCCGUAGAUCCAGGGCUCCCAGCGCCGCGCCCACCGCUGGACCCUGCUGCACCCAUCCUUGGCCCCGCGCUGCACCAGCGCCCCCAAGUGCACCAGGGCGCCCCUAGUCCCCGCUGCGCUUGGUCCCCAUCCCACUGCUCCCCUCGCGCCGGCGAUUCCGGCGCGCCGGCGCCCCUCACCGGACUGCUGCCGCCGCCGCCGCCGCCUUACAGACAAGACGGGGCGCCCAAGGCCCCGCCACUCCCACCGCCCGCCUUUUGGAGACCUUGGCCCUGA